AUGGAAGUCCUUCCACCCAUCCCAAGUUCGCCGGAGUUUCACUUCACCACCACCACCUCAACCUCGCCGACCUUCAGCGAACCCUUCAACUACCACCAACACUACACCAGCACCCCCAGCAGCCCCACCCAUGCCGCCGCCACCAUCUAUUCUCACUUCUCCUUCCACCGCUCCUUCAACCCGCCGGAAAUCUCCACCGCCGACAAGCUCUUCGAAAAGGGAAAAAUCCGACCUUUGCUCCAUUCUCAACCCGUCGCCGCCGCACAGUCCGGCGAAAGAGGCAGCCCCAGCGGCGGCAGCGGCGGCGGCGGCGGCAAGAAAUGGAGGCUGAAAGAUUUACUUUUGUUUCGAAGCGCGUCGGAAGGGAGGGCUACAGGAAGAGGAAGCAGAGAUCCUCUGCGGAAGUAUACUCUGCUUUCCUCCUUCAGCUCCUUCUCAUCGAAGAGAAAGAAGAAGGGUGAAGAGGAGGAAGAAGAAGAAGAUUCGAACAGUGGGAGCUUUAGAUCGACGGAAAGCGGCAGCGGAUCGGUGAGAAGGGGCGGUAGGCCGCCGGCUUCCGCCCAUGAAAUACAUUAUACGGCGAACAGAGCGGCGGCGGGGGAGAUGAGGAAGAAGACUCCUUUGCCUUAUCAGAGGGAGGGGUUCUUUAGUUGCUUGCAGUUCAAUCCGGCCAUUCGCAGCAUUACCAAGGGAUUCAGUAAUUUCUCCUAAUGGAAAUCUUCAUACGAAUUGUUUUUGCAGAUUUACCAGUUUUUUUUUUUAUUUAAUAUAUGGAGAAAUUAUUGCAUCCAGACACCAGAUACCAGACACCAAGUCUGAUCAGAUGAAAUCGAAUCAUAUGAAAUAUAUGGUGAUGUGGCUUAAUCAUUGUUGUUGUACGAAUGUGUGCCGACCAUGCUCGUGUUUUGUUUAGACGUAGUUGUGAUUUCAGUAUUAUGUUAAA